ACAAUAGUCGUCCGUUCAAAAUGAUGAAAUUGUUUGUUGUGGUGUAAUUUAUUAACAACAACAUGAGCGUUGAUACAGAUAUAGCUAGCACGAUUAAGUUCCGGGACAUUUGCGACCUGUUCGAGAAGCUGAAGGCCACCAAGAAGGUGGUCAACAAGGAGGAGGUCCUCAAGAGCUACUACGAGUCCUUCUGUCGGCAUCGCGACUCCUUUCGCCGACAAACCGGAUUAUCCGAUGACCAGACGGAGAACGGAGUCAGUAGCUUCUAUUCGGUACUGCGACUGCUCCUUCCUGGUGCGGAUACGGGAAGAGAUAGCUAUGGACUGCAGAUCACGGCGCUGGGCAGGCUCUACAUAAAGGUGCUCCAACUGCCCGGUGACUCCAGUGAUGCAAUUAUGUUGCAGCACCGCACCGGGAACAUGUAUAGGGAUUACGGCGAUGUCGUCUAUGCCGUCCUCAAGCCAAGGUGCUUUAAUCCGCCCAGCGAUCUGCGGCUGAAGCAUAUCCACGAAAUGCUGGACACCAUUGCCAACGAGGACACAGAGGUUAAGACACAGCAACUCAUCCGAUUUACGGAGCAGGCCUCGCCCGAGGAGCAGAAAUGGCUAAUCCGGCUUUUGUUGAAGAGCCUUGGCUUGGGGAUCGGGGAGCAAAAAAUCUUUGGUGUACUGCACCCCAAGGCACAGGACAUCUAUCAACGCUGCUCCGAUCUGGGACACGUGUGUAAUCUGCUGGCCGACAUGAACACCGACCUGGACGCAAGCACCUCGGACAGCAAACCUGAGGUCAAGUUUGUAAACUUAAAUGCCGUCAUCCGGCCAUUCCACCAGAUACGACCCAUGCUCUGCGAACGAUUCCCGGGUGACAUCCAAGAGUUAAUGCAAUCCGAUGUCCUCUAUCUGGAGACCAAAAUGGAUGGUGAGCGAUUCCAGCUUCACAUCGAUGGGGGACGCUUCAUGUACAUCUCCCGGAAUGGCGUGGAUUACACCCGAAACUUUGGCAACAGCUACGAACGCGGCACGCUAACGCCUAAGCUGAGGGGCCUGCUCCCACUCGGUCUGCAGUCUAUCAUUCUCGACGGCGAGAUGAUGGUGUGGGACACCAAGAGGCUGCGCUUUCGGGAAAAGGGCGAGAACACUGAUGUGAAGAGCCUGAAGCCGGAGGGCAGCUGGCAGCCCUGCUUUGUGAUAUACGAUCUGUUGUACUUUAAUGGCCAGAGCUUGCUGGACCUCACCUACAUCCAGCGGGCAUACAAGUUGCAGAAGCUAGUGGUGGAGCAGCCGGGUGUGUUGCAGUUAAUGCGCGGCCGCAAGAUUGGCUCCGUUGAGGAGUUCAACCAGCUGUUCCAGCAGGCCCUUGAUUCUCAUGCCGAGGGCAUUGUCCUGAAGAAGCAGGGAUCCAGAUAUCAGCCGGGUGUAAGACUAGGCGGUGGCUGGUUUAAGGACAAAGCGGAUUACAUCAAGGGUCUGAUCACCGAGUUCGAUGUGCUGAUCAUUGGCGGUUUCUACAACCGCAAGUGCACCUUCGUGGAAUCCUUUUUGCUGGGCGUUCUACAACCAGCGCCACCUGGCAGCUCCAAUCGACACGAAGUCUUCAGCAUCGGAGUGGUUACCAACAAUACAAAGCAACGUGGAGUGCUGAAUCACACGCUUAAACCGCAUUGGCACAAUGUGGUCAAGGAGCCACCGCCGCUGUGGUUUCACUACAAGGCCAAGGAACGGUCCGGAUGCCCCGACCUGUGGAUCGAGCCACACAACUCGAUUAUUCUGCAGGUGAAGGCUGCUGAUUUGUCGCCCAAUGCUGCAUUUUAUACCCGCAAGUCGCUGCACUUUGCGCGCACUGAAACGAAGCGCGACGAUAAGUCCUGGAAUGAAUGUAUGACGCUCAGAGAGUUCAACGACCUCUGCGAAGGCUCCAUGGGCAUUAAGAAACUAAACAAGCGACAGCUGCGACUGGAAGAUGUCACCACAAAGCGAAAGCUGCAGCGGAUGACGCCCUCAGAGCGUAGCCGCCUGGGACUGGCCGUCUACGAGAAGCGCUGUGAAGUCGACCCCGCCGCGAGCAGCUCCAAGCUCUUAGACGGUCUGAGCUUUUGCAUCCUGAGCGGAUCAGCUGGACGUCAAAACAAGCUCCAGCUGCAGGAGCUGGCCGCCAAAAACGGUGGCUGCAUCGUGGAGAAUCCGCUGCCCAACGAUCCCAAGUGCUUCUGCAUUGCCGGUGACGAGACGUUCCUGGUCAAGCGGCUUAAACUGCAGGAGCCGCGCACCUGCGACAUUGUGCGCAUGGAGUGGUUGCUGAGGGUUUGCCAGAAGCAGGAGCUGGAACUGAGGCCCAAGGAUCUACUAGCGGCGACAGAGCCACUGCGUCAGGAUCUAGCCGAGUGCUUUGACAGGCUAGGCGAUAGCUACAACAAGGAUAUUGCGACGGUCGGCGAUCUGCAGGAAUUGCUGCAGGAAAUUGAAUUGGCCCCAGAAGAUUUGGCUGACUCUAGCACAUCUGAAGUAAAUGCUUUGGAGGAUCAGCUGCUGGAUGGGAAAAAGAGCCUCAACAUGUUCCGCCACUUGCACGCCUAUUUCUACGAUCCGCACGGCGAUGAAUUGGGCAAGGUUCUGUUCCUGCAAAACGGUGGCAAGUUGGCCAAGGAGUCCGAUCCGCAGCUUAAUCUUGGAUUCCUCUGUAUGUCCUCCGACUUGGAUGACAAUCAUUUUAAGCACUGGCUAAAAAACCAUUCCAAGUUGAGUGCCGACAAGGUCCUAAACUCUGCUUGGAUCCACCAAUCGCAUCGGGAGGGGGUCCUUCUCCCAAUGCAAGGUUUCGUUUAAGUCCUUAAAUGUUUAAAACUUUAUAUUUGUUUAUAAAAAAUAAAUUGUUAUCUAAAAAAGAAAAUCAUAAAAGUGGA